CGGGUUAAAUAACCUCCAGAGGAAAGUGACAGCGGCGCAUUUGGAGACGGUCAGCUCGCGCGUAAACGGCACCGGGGGCAUCGCGGAGAUCCGUGGCGUUUGGAUAUUUUGUAUUUCUUUUUUUUUUUGGGGUUCUUUUUUCACACACACAACAAUUAACGUGAGGAGCCGCAGAACUUUAACUGUCUGUGUGGAUUUCCGAGCAUCGGAUUGCGCCGACGUUUUUUUGGGGGGACUUGAGCGCGCGAGGCACCUGUGGAUGCAACCCCCCCCCCCCCCCCCACUCACACACUCACACACUCACACUCCAAUCUUUUUUUUUGCCAAGGAAGGAUUCAGCACAUCGUUGAUACUCGUUGCCUGCAGAGCGCGCGCCAUGCUGCUCCGCGUCUCCUUCCUGGUGGUCCUGUUGCUCAGCAUCACCGGCUGCGGCUCGUCCUACGUGCCGUGCCAGCCGUGCGACCAGAAGGCCCAGUCCAUGUGCCCGCCGGUGCCGCUGGGCUGUCAGCUGGUGAAGGAGCCCGGCUGCGGCUGCUGCCUGACGUGCGCCCUCGAGGAGGGGCAGUCGUGCGGCGUGUACACCGGGCCGUGCACGCGCGGCCUCCGCUGCCUGCCCAAGAACGGCGAGGAGAAGCCGCUGCACGCGCUCCUGCACGGCCGCGGCGUGUGCAGGAACGAGAAGCUGUAUAAACUGCUGAAUCCAUCAAAAGACGGAGAAUCUCACGACGACGCCGUGCUCCCCGUCCCGGAGUCCAUGCAGCCCCAGACCAAGGCGCCCUUGUACGCGAGGGACCACAUCGGCAGCCGGAAGGCCCACGCCAUGAAGCAGGCCAAGGACCGCAAGAAGCAGCUGGCCCGGCUGGGACCCGCCAGCAACCCGAACUUCUCCCCGCUCAGCCUGGACAAACUGGAGCCCGAGUUCGGCCCCUGCGGGAGAAGGCUGGAUAAUCUCAUUCAGAGCAUGAAGGACACUUCCAGGGUCUUGGCUCUCUCUCUGUACAUCCCCAACUGCGACAAGAAGGGCUUCUUCAAACGCAAACAGUGCAAGCCGUCCCGCGGUCGGAGGAGGGGCAUCUGCUGGUGCGUCGACCGGUUCGGAGUGAAGAUCCCCGGCAUCAACUACGCCGGAGGGGACCUGCAGUGCAAAGAACUGGACAGCAGCAGCAACAGCAACGAAUGAGAGUGAACGGGGGGGGGGGGGCACCUCCUUAAAACCUGCCAAUCAAGCUAGCACACUUAAUGACUCGCCAAUCAGGAAAACGUAGCACAGGUUCCUCUCUAUAUGGUCAGGUGUGAUGGACUGUGUUGUUAUUGUUGUUGUCUUUAAAGGGGAAGCUGAACUGGAAA